CUAACUGAGGCUAAAAUAGACAGUUGAAGACGUUAAAUAUAAUGUCCAAGGAGUGCACAAACAAUUAGUUUCUCUUUUAAAUCUUAAAUUCUGGUCUUCUUUAAGAACUAAUGUUGUGUAAUAAUAAUUUAAUACAUAUUUAUGACAAAGUAUUAUUUGUGUUGUGACUGCAUUACGUAAUGGUACGAUUAGGAAACAUCUUUUUGAGAGAGAGACAGACAUUUAUUGAUAGUGUAAGAAUUUCUGUACGUGGUGGUAGAGGAGGUAAUGGUCUUCCAAAAUAUGGUGGAGUUGGAGGCAAAGGUGGUGAUGUGUAUCUUGAAGCCUGUGAAUCGUAUUCCUUAGCUAAAUUAAAGAGGAACAAUCCUACCAAAAAGUUCAUUGGAGGCCCUGGUGGUGACAGCAAGAGAUUUCAAAUUUUAGGCAGCCCAGGCACCGAUACCAUGGUCAAGUGUCCACCAGGUGUCUCAGUCUAUGGAAAUGUUUUUAUAGGAGAUAUAAAUAAGAUUGGGGAUAAAGUACUUCUUGCUAAAGGAGGUUGUGGGGGAGGUCCUCAGAAUGGGUUUUUAGGUCAAAAAGGACAGGCUAUGCCUUUGACAUUGGAUCUAAAACUUCUAGCGGAUGUAGGUUUUGUUGGGUAUCCUAAUGCUGGAAAAUCAACAUUACUAUCUGCCUUGUCAAAUGCACACCCAAAAAUUGCUAGUUAUCCUUUCACAACUAUUGCACCAAAUAUUGGAAUUUUAAACUUUGAUGAUUUUAGAACGAUAAGUGCUGCAGACCUACCAGGACUGAUUGAGGGUGCACAUAUGAAUUAUGGAAUGGGGCACAAAUUUCUAAAACACUGCGUGAGGACGAAAGUACUGCUUUUUGUGGUAGAUAUUGAAGGUUUCAGAUUAAAUCCUUUGACUUCACACCGAACUCCUUUUGAAACUGUUAUGCUUCUCAACAGGGAGUUAGAGUUGUAUGAUGAGGAAUUAGUUCUGAAACCUGCUAUUUUAGCUGUAAAUAAGUCAGAUACGGAUUCUGAUGGUAAAAUGUUCCAGGAAUUAAAGGAGGAAAUGCAAUGUUCUGAAAAACUGGUUAAGGACCUGCCAGAUCAACUCAAACCAAGUACGUUAGUUAAAUUUGACUCUAUUAUUCCAAUUUCUGCUAAAACUGGAGAUAAUAUUUUGAAUUUGAAGAAUAAAGUUCGAAAAAUCAUAGACAUUUAUCAUGAGAAAAAACUCAUUAGAUAUCCUGAAAAAAUUUUAAUUGACCAAAAUGAGCAAGAUGUUAUAUAUGCAUAAAUUGAAACUUACAUUUUGUACAUAAUAAAUGUUAAUGCUUUUAAAAA